GCUUCCAACUUUCCAGUUGAAUUAUCAGUUCAUAAAAACUUGAUAUAUCGUUACCUCGACGCCAGUCAUUAAAACCUCAUCUCAAAUUUGAAAUCACAGUGUCAGGUAAGGCAUCACCAGUUAACUUAACCACUUGUUUCUGUACUUUUUUUUAGUCCCGGAGGAAGCGGCGCCCGCGCCGGGCAUUGGCGCCUUUCUCUGAGCGAGCGGGACGAACAAACAUGCGCGAGAGUAAGAGCGAGAUAGAACAAAAGCAUUCCGCGCCGAGUCGAUCCAAUCCAGUUUGCUUUUGCUAUAGCCGGGGUUACUUGUGUUGCGUGUUUUAAUGAUGUAAACAAAACAGUGUUUUUUUUUAUAUGUUUGUGUGACAAAUAUGUGGUGAUUGUGAUUUUGACUUUGGAUUUGUGAGGAUCAAUGUUAUGAUAUGAGAUCCGCGAUGGAGUAUGUGUUCCUGCUGGUGAUUGGCUUCGCAGCUGCCGAGCUGGAAUGGAAAUUCACAAAAUUUCCUGAGCCUGUGACAGCGCCAGUUGGAGAUGAGGUGACAUUCGAGUGCGCAGUGAACGUGCCAGGCGAGCGGCUGGCGUGGCGGUGGCGGCCCGACCGACCCGGAGAGACGUGGAUCGAUGCUGACGGCAGCAGCGACCGGGACAAGAUCACCACCAGGCUGCUGGUGAACAUUAAGGACGGGGCGGAGAACGCACUGUACCAGUGCGUAGUCUGGUACGGCGCCAUCAGCCUCGCCUCGGACCCGGCGCGGCUGACCAUUGCGCGGAUUGACCUCAGCCGGAACAACGGCGAGACGAGAGUCAUCACGGCCCCGUUGCACAACACCGUGGUGCUGCACUGCAAGGAACCAAUCUCCGAGCCGCCGGCGGAGCUGACCUGGUGGAAGGAAGUCCAGGGAGUGAGACAGCCAGUGGAAACUCCACACGGCGUCCUAAUCAUCCACAACGCGACGACUGCCGACAGCGGGACUUACGGCUGCACGGCAACCAACAAUCUGAGCGACGAGCAUGUUGAGCUGCCGGAAAGAACGUAUCUGAGGGUGCAGCAUGAGGGCAACGGUGGCUUCAGAUUCCUUGAAUCCGAAGACUACGUCGGCGAAGUCACCGAUGGAAUCCUGACGGUGCCCGUGCGGCCGAACGGAGCGCUGCGCCUCUGGUGUGGAGCCGUGGGCACCCCACUGCCUCAAGUCACGUGGUACAGAGGCACGGAGAAAAGGAACGGCUUUCGACACGACCACGAUCUGGUGGUACAUCCUUUCACUGCUGAAGAUGAGGGCAUAUACUCUUGCUCCGUGAACGGCAACGCCCUCCGCCGCUCCUGGCGUGUGCUGGCCCUCCAGCCGCCGUACUGGGAGGGCGUGGCGUACGGCGUGAACGCCAGCGAAGGCACGCCAGCCCGAGUGGCGUGCGGCACGCCGCUCGGCCAGCCCCCGCCGCAGGUGCAUUGGAUGUUGAACGCUGAACCUGUCACCGGUAAAGGCAUUAAGGCGCAAGGAUCGGAGCUGCGAUUCGCGCGCGUAGAGAAAAAGCACGCGGGCGCGCUGCAGUGCUUCGCGUGCAACGCGCUCGGCUGCGCGCACGACGCGGCGCUGCUCACCGUCGUGCCGGUUCAGAUCUCACAGGAAUAUUCUGCAGACAGCGCGAAGGCAGCGCAUAUCGCUUACCAGCAGCCAAAAAACAAACACAAUAAUCGGAAGAACCCUAAGAAAAAAGCAAAAAUGGUGCCGCCUUCGCGUCCGACCGUGACGCGUAUGUCGGAUGAGAGCGUCAUGGUGUCAUGGUCCAACUCCAGCUCCGGGAUGCCCAUACGGAUCUUUAAGGUCCAAUACCGGGAAGUGACGAACUCGAGCAAUGGGCCGUGGCACACUGCAAGCUCCAACAUACCGCCCUACAUACACUCCUUCGAAGUGGACGGACUGGUACCGGACAGAUACUACAAAUUCCGCAUAGCAGCCGUGUACUCAAACCAGGACAAUACCCAGGGUCGGAGCAGUCCCCGCUUCUACCUGCAGAGGGGAGGGAUCGAGGGCCCGCGGGCCCCGGACCUCAUUGCGGCGGAGCCUGUCUCCUCGAGCAGUGUGAGGCUUAACUGGACGUGGUCGAGCGGCGGUGGCGUAGAAGCGGAAGGUUUCUACGUGUACUACCGCGCCGUGUCCUCCGCGGGCAAAUACGAGAAGGUGACCGUUGAGGGGGGCGCCACUCGCGUCGCGAUCCUCGGCCAUCUGGCGGCCGACACGGCUUACGAGUGGAAGCUACAGAGCUACACCGCUCAAGCGCCGUCGGAGUUUAGCAAAAUACUUGUCGCAAAAACCCUGCCGAACCCGACCACCCCGAGCUCGAGCACGGAGCCGCCGCCCGCGCCCGCGGCGCCGGAGGGGCGCGCGCCCGCGGCGCUAGUGACGGCCGGCGGCGCCAUCGGCGCCACGGCGCUCCUCGUCAUCCUGGUGGUCACCUUACUGCUGUGUCGGAGGGCGAGGCGGCCGCCUGCCAACAAAGAGAAAGGCUCCGGUCCAGAGAGCGGGGGUGCCAACGGCUACAUACCGGCCAAAGUGCCCAUCACUAUCACCGCCAACCCGAUGCACGCUGAGAGCGGCGACGGAGGCGUGGAAAUGUCGUUCCUGCACAACAACAACUGCGGCAACACGGCCGGCGCCGACGACACCCUGCCGCGGACGCGGAAGAACGGCUCGCGACAAUACGUGUGAUUUUGGACUAUAUUAUUAUACACGCAGAGUCUAAUUUUGGAAAGCAGCAUUUAUCUACUAGGUACUACGGAACAACGGAACUGCUGCCUUAGAUAUGAUUAGAAUUGGACUUUAUUACUGUAUAUGCAGGGUCGAAAUUUGAAAAUUCUUAUCUCUUGUGAGAGCAGCGAGCUUUUUACUGUUUUUGGUACACUAGCUGAUAUAGACUUUAUUGCUAUUCACGCAGGGUCGAAAUUUGUUUCUUAUGACUGUUGCUCCAGAAGUUAACAUUCUAAGGUAAGUGUAAAAGUGUCUGGACAUCACAUUGGGGCCUGUUUACACUGAUUAGUGUUUAUUGCGAUUUCAUACAAUUCCCACUAAACGCAAGCAGCAAUGUGAAGGCCAGACACACUUACCCCUUAGCCACUUAGCCGUAUUAACCAAACUAAAUUGUUGACUGGUGGUUGAUAUGUGAUAUCAAACUAGCCAUAUUGUUUCGUAUUCGGACUUGAGAGUACAAAAUUAUUUUUAUUUAUAUUUUUAGCGUAGGCCAAGACUGUUUUAAUAAGAUUUUCGUUUAGUUUUGACUAGGUAUGGAGUUUACGAAUAAACGCUUAUUACAACGGUCCGUCACCGUCAACGCAAGCUCCUGAUAAAACUCCUCGGUACGAAGUGAAACAUGUCGAGCGUUUUUCGACUUAAAAUACGUGAGUGACCCGUUAUUAAUAUUAAUUAAGGUUUAUUCAGUUAAAGAUGACAAAGGUCUGAUGUAUUAGAAUGUUUCGUAGAUCGAAAUAUUCGAGAAGUAAAUGGAAGUUAGUUUAAUUAAUUUGUGAAAUACAUAACUUGUAGUCGUUGGGUACGAGUAGGUAUGUGUGUAUUUCUUAAGGGCAGGGUUUUAGAAAAGUUAUAUAUUUACAUAACAUAUACAACACGUCGCGCGAGUGACUAAAAACAAGUGAGUCUAAACCGUAAAAUUAUUAAACGAACAUACAUACAUAAAAUAGACGUAGUCGGGUAAAUAAAUUGACGUAACCGUUAAGAGGGGGCGUAAAGACAGGACAUUAAAAAACCGGCCAAGUGCCAGUCGGACUCGCGCACCGAGGGUUCCGUACUUUUUAGUAUUUGUUGUUAAAGUGGCAACAGAAAUACAUCAUCUGUGAAAAUUUCAACUGUCUAGCUAUCACGGAUCAUGAGAUUCAGCCUGGUGACAGACAGACAGACGGACGGACAGACGGACAGCGGAGUCUUAGUAAGAGGGUCCCGUUUUUACCCUUUGGGUACGGAACCCUAAAAAGGAACAAAGAUAUGGCGUGCCAUACUUGAAACUUGCGAAGAAAGAUUUGGCGAUCGCUUUAACCUUUUAGGUUUUCUUUAGAGUCUUCCCUUGCAAAUAUAUUUAUCUUGUUUCCGUUAGAAAUUUUUAUGACAUUUACCCUCGAUUUAAACGUGUAAAAAUUACAAUCCCGUCUCUUAAGGGUGCCUACAGCUACGUUUCAAAUGUAUGAAAACACAGCAUAGCACAUCUCUCGUCCAAACGCAACCCUAACUGGAUUUUUAUAUUGUAAUUACAAAACAUUUUUGUAUCCCAUCAAAAAAAGUCACAUUUAAUGCUAAAAUUUCGAAGAUCCUAGCCUUUAAGAGUAUAAAGCCGUGUCUACACUGGUCUCUGGAUAUAAUGACCGCUUUAUGCCUCAUACUAACUAUUAGCAAGAACAAGAAAUGAGUUUGUUCCACAAGAGCUAUGAAACGCUGAAGUUUGAGUUUACUAUACGAGUUGGGAACUAUGUCGAGGGGAAUUAUUCUUGUCUAAUGCCAGCCGACCAGUAUAGUGAAUAAUACUUUUAAAAUAAUUUCAUGCAGUCUGAAUCCGAACUUCAAAUUUAUGGGCAUCCCACACCAUAACGUCACCCGCGUCUAGUCAACUCUAUGGCUGCUUCGACGCAACGUUGGACUUCCGGUUCGAGCGCCAUCUUGAUAAUUAGCAUCGUGAUUAAUUACUUUGUUUUUUGCUCAUUAAUAUUGUUUAAAGUGUAAUAUCGAUAGCUUAUUAUACAGUAAACUAAUGUGGUAGUGUGCAGUGAAUGGAGAAUUAAUUUUGAAGCGCGUUUAACCACCAUCUUGGAGUCAACGGCCGGUAGUCCACGUGCUUCUUGUAAAGUCUAGCUAUCGAUUUACAAGAGCUAACAAAUCACCGUACACUGUCUUGUACAACCGUACAAUUUUUGUCGUUUUUAUACCUCUUAAUACCUUGAUACUGGCGAAAUAGUCCCAUUGGGCUGAAGCCAUAAUUUUAAAAAAAGACGCAACGUUGACGCAACUCCGCAGCGACGCCAUUUUGCAUAGCGCUGACUAGUCGUCGACGCUCAAAAGACGCUAGUCACGCUAGUGUGUGGUGGCCCUUAUAGUCGUCUGAGCGUUCGACUCGCCCGCGCUUUACUCGUGAUAGGAAUAUUACCAGGAAAGUGUUUAAGUUCCUUAAGUACCUAAUAAAAGUAUAAUGCUAUCGUCGAACUUUGCAAGUCGGUUAGCAAUGAUUUUUAGGGUUCCGUACUUGAAGUAGCACCAUGUUAUUAAGUCUUCUAUCCGUCUGCCUGUCUACACUUGCAACUAUCAGACAUUAUCGCUACAAAUGCAUGGGCAAAGUAAAAAUUUCCGCAAAGAAAAAAUUAAUAUAAAAAGGCGCUUUCUAUUUUUUUAUUUCUCAUGCUCUGAAAGUGGGUCGUUGCUGAUCUAAAAAGUGUGCAGGAAAUGAUAUGUUUCUGCUCUAGAGCACUGUACUUUCUAAGUACGUAUUUUUUUUUUUUUACGAAUAGACGAAAUUCAACGUAUACAAUUUUAUUUUAUUUUUUAUUUUAUUAAUUCAAAAAAUUUACACAGCAUUACAGCGAACUAAUACACUGAGAAAUUUAUAAUAGAAAGUAUUUAUACAACUAGGUACAUGAUACAGUCUAGAAAGGACAACAGAACAAAUGUAAGAAAAAAAACUAGUACAAAACAGAUGAUUCACGCUUAUCCAUCGCCUCACAGUACUUCAUACAUUCUUUACACAGAUCCAUCCAACUACUUGCAAAUAAAUCACAUUCCGGUGCUGAUGCGAGGAGCGCGUUGAUAUACUGUAGAGCGCGGACAAGUGGUGAUUUGCCAUGAGACAUAGUGCGCGUUUUAGGCACAGCUAAUAGGUGAGGACUUCGCGGUCGUAAGUUAAUUUGGGCCUUAGCUAUAGAUGGUACGAACAGGCGUACGAGCUGUGCAACCAGUUCAAGGCAGUCCGAGUUCCCCCGUAAGACAUUACAUGCAGUAGUCAAGAUUAAGAAUUAUUCGAUUAGGCUUUGUUGUUAUGCAAAAUCUUUUAAAUUUAUUAAUUUCAGAACCGAAUUUUUAUGAAUAAAUCUUAAAUCGAUCUAUAGUGAAUCUCUUUUACUCAUAAAUCUCAUAAUUAAAGCAAAUUUACAUUAAAUUUGAGAAGUUAUGGCUAAGUACUUAAAAGUUUGUUGGCAAUAAAUUU